GAAGCUGCCCGAAAGGACCUGGACCAAGCCAAGGAGGAGCCAGAUCAAACCUGAGGCAGAAGCUGAAACUCACAGUACAUCAAGGCCUAUAGCCAGGUGAUGGAGGACAAGGAGAAUGCAGUGGAGAUCUUGGUGAGCAAUAUGGAAGCUGCUCAUUCUCCAUCCCCCAUUCGCUGCUGCCGGCUCCGCCUCCGCUACUUGGCAGCUACUAGCAUUAUCUGUGGCUGCUCUUGCCUGGGAAUCAUGGCCCUUGUGUUUGCCAUCAAGGCGGAAGAGCGGCAUAAGGCAGGCCACUCCGAGGAAGCAGUGCACUGGGGGGCUCGAGCCCAGAAGUUUAUUCUUGCCAGCUUUGCUGUCUGGCUAGCUGUCCUCAUUCUGGGCCCCCUACUUCUGUGGCUUCUCUCUUACGCCAUCGCCCAAGCUGAGUGACUGUGGGUGGCCUCUGCUGAGAGUCAGCUGAAACCUUCUUGCUCCUGCAUUGCAGUACUACUAGGGCCUGGUACCAGCAGUGGUCCUUCCUGGCUGGAGGAUGGUGCCUCUCUCAAAGGGCUUUGGAAGAGCUCUUCCAGCCCUUUAUAAAAGGAAAUGGCAACUGAGACUGAUGAAGGGAGGUCAGCCUGCUCUGUUCUUUCAGUGUUCAUCAUUCCCUGUUCCCCCUCAACCUACCCCAUCCUAGGGUCCUCUACCCAAAGGUGGGGUUGAAGACCA